AUGUCGUCCAUGCGUGGCCUUGUCCAAUUCAUUGCUGACCUCCGCAACGCCCGAGCCAGGGAGCUAGAGGAGAAACGGAUAAACAAGGAGUUGGCCAAUAUCAGACAAAAGUUCAAGAGCGAGAAACUCGAUGGAUACCAGAAGAAGAAAUACGUCUGCAAGUUACUGUAUAUCUAUAUCCAAGGAUACAACGUCGACUUUGGGCAUCUGGAAGCCGUCAACCUCAUUUCUGCCACAAAGUAUUCGGAGAAACAGAUUGGCUACCUUGCAGUCACCCUGUUCCUCCACGAGCAACAUGAACUCCUUCACCUAGUCGUCAACAGUAUUCGUAAAGAUUUACUUGAUCACAAUGAGCUCAACAAUUGUCUGGCACUCCAUGCGGUGGCUAACGUCGGCGGAAGAGAGAUGGGUGAAGCCCUUGCUGUUGAUGUCCAUCGCCUUCUUAUAUCCCCAACCUCCAAAUCCUUUGUCAAGAAAAAAGCCGCCUUGACUCUAUUGAGACUCUACAGAAAGUAUCCAGGCAUCAUACAACCCGAAUGGUCGGAAAGAGUUAUUUCCUUGAUGGAUGAUCCAGACAUGGGAGUCGUUCUGUCUGUGACUUCCUUGGUCAUGGCCCUGGUCCAAGAUAAUCCCGAGGCCUUUAAGGGCAGUUAUGUCAAGGCUGCCCAAAGGCUCCGAAGAAUUGUCAUCGAAAACGACGUGUCUCCAGAUUACUUCUAUUAUAAGGUUCCCUGUCCCUGGAUCCAGGUCAAAUUCCUGAAAUUAUUACAGUACUACCCUCCCUCGGAAGACACACACGUCCGCGAAAUCAUACGUGAUUCACUCCAAGCAAUAUUGCAGUUCGCAACCGAGGCACCCAAGAAUGUUCAACAAAACAAUGCGCAGAAUGCAGUGUUAUUUGAGGCAAUUAACCUACUCAUUCACCUAGACACAGAACACGGCUUGAUGAUGCAGAUAUCUUCGAAGUUGGGGAAGUUCAUUCAAUCGAGAGAGACGAAUGUUCGCUACUUGGGACUUGAUGCCAUGACACAUUUAGCAGCGAGAUCAGAGACUUUGGAUCCCAUUCAACGUCACCAGAGUCUGAUUAUUGGAUCACUUCGUGACCGAGAUAUUAGUGUACGAAGAAAAGGAUUGGAUCUGCUAUACAGCAUGUGUGAUACUUCCAACGCUCAGCCGAUCGUAAAUGAACUUCUGAAGUACCUGCAAUCUGCCGACUAUUCGAUUCGAGAAGAGAUGACUUUGAAGAUUGCCAUUCUGACCGAGAAAUACGCAACCGAUGCUCAAUGGUACAUCGAGAUCACCCUCCGACUUUUGGCUAUGGCGGGAGAUCAUGUCAGCGACGAAGUGUGGCAGAGAGUUGUGCAAAUUGUGACCAACAACGAGGAAUUGCAAGCACACGCGGCACAGCACAUUUUUGAGUACUUAAAAGGUGAAAAUUGCCACGACACGCUUGUCAAGAUCGGUGGUUAUCUUUUAGGAGAAUUUGGACAUUUGAUUGCGGACAACAAAGGAUGCAGUCCUAUCGAGCAGUUGAUGGCUUUACAAAACAAGAUGAUCUCGGCACCAGAUGCAACGAGGGCCCUUCUCUUGUCUACAUUCGUCAAGUUUGUCAAUCUCUUCCCGGAGAUCAAGACGCAAUUAUUGCAGAUGUUCCAAUUCUAUAGCCACUCUCCAGACUCGGAGCUGCAGCAAAGGGCUUGCGAGUACUUGGCCAUUGCUACACUACCCGCAGAUGAUCUGCUGAGGACCAUAUGUGACGAGAUGCCACCAUUCUCUGAAAGAGCAUCUAUCCUGCUUCAAAGACUCCACAAGAAGAGUGCAGGCACCAGCGAGCGACGGACAUGGCUUGUGGGAGGGAAAGAUGCAAACGCUGAUAAGCAAGAAAUCAUACUUGCUCAGCAAACUGGGCUGAAACGAUCGUUCACCACAAUCGUCAAUGGAACCCAAGCCGGCUCGAGUGUUAAUGGCACAGCCUCCAGAGCCUCCACCCAGAAUGGUUCCGCAGCAAACGACCUUGCUGGACUGGACAUGAAUGGACACGGCAAUGGGACGGCAAUGCCAAAUCUUGCUAGUACGACGCAUCUUUCACCAGACUGGGAGAUUGGAUACGAGCAGAUGUACUUUGCAGAUGAGGGCGUCCUUUUUGAGGAUCCUCAAAUCCAAGUCGGUGUUCGGGCUGAGUAUCGAGGGCAUCUAGGAGUCGUCAAGCUUUACUUCACAAAUAAGGCAUCGUUCCCUAUCGGGUCAUUUACCACAACUCUCGACAACAAGUCCGGCCCCAAUCUCAAGGUGGACACGAAAAGUCUUCCAGAUCCGUCAGUGGCAUCUGAAUCUCAAGUUCAACAAACCAUUGUUUGUACAUCCAUUGGACCAUUUUCUGAAGCGCCAACCAUCCGUAUUUCAUACCUCGCAGGAGCUCUUCAAGCCUACACGCUCAAGCUUCCUAUUCUCCCACACCGCUUUAUGGACCCUUCGGAACUCUCCGCCGAAGAUUUCUUCAAGCGCUGGCGCCAAAUUGGUGCAGGUCCUAUGGAAGCACAGAGCACAUUUGGGCUCCGAUCACCGUCGGCGACGAUGAAUGAUAAGCACACGCGAGAUGUUGUACUUGGGUUCCGGUGGAAAAUCUUGGACACAGUAGAUCCCAAUCCCAAGAACAUUGUUGGCUGUGCCGUCCUUCAGCUGGAGAAGGGCAAGACGGGAUGUUUGUUGAGGUUGGAGCCUAAUCCCCAGCAAAAGCUGUAUCGAUUGACGAUUCGAGCCACCCAGGACACGAUUCCUGGGAUCCUGCUGAAUAUGAUGCAGGAUCGUCUUACCAGGAGUCCAUAG